AUGACAUCAGUAAAUGAUAUAUCAGCUGACUUUUCACAAAUGAUUGGUCAAAGCAAGCGACAAACUACUAAACGUUUAUUUAUUAAUGACUGGGAUCAAUUUAAGAGUGAAAUUAGAAGUGAAUUAAGAGAAGAAUUAUCCUUGUUACUUAAAAACAAGUCAGUAGUAUUUCAUAUGGAAAAGUCAGCAAGUGAGACAGAAAGUAGUAAUAAUAGUAUUUUGAUUCCAUAUACAUCAUCAAAUUCAUUAUUAAAUGAAAAUAUAUCUACUACCAGUCAAAAUACAAUUCACACUAAAAAUUCUACACACAGAACGUCAAGAACACAAGACACUGCUCAGCCUAGUAAUAUACAGAAAAGACAUUCUAGACAAACAGAUAACAAUAACGAUUGCAAUAUGAACAGCGAACGACUAAAACUAUUGCAUUCAAGAUAUUCAGAAAUAUUUGAAGGCGAUUUAUCACCAAAAAUGCCAUCAACACCAGUUGAAUUAUUAUCUUGUUCAACAUCAUCAUCACCAUCAACGUUAAUGGAAGCACUAAUCUCAUCACCAAUGAUACAUGGAAAAUGCACAACGUUAGGUACAAGUAGGAUUAUGCAAGAUAUUAAUGUGCCAACAAGCCCAAGUACUCUACCAAUAACUUCUGAUGUAUCUUAUAGUGGUAUAAGAAAACCACGAAAACAGAAAGACGAAAAGAUGCCUGACGAUAAGAAAGGCGGACAAAAAAGAACUAGUAUUCAUGAAGUUCGCGGAGUUCGUGAAGAGGACAGUAGCUCAACACUUAAAUAA